AUGCCGAUGCGAUGGAACAGAGAAGAAGACGAGAUUUUACGGGCUUGCGUUGACGAGUACACGGAACUGGGCCGUUCGACAGAUUGGAACCGUGUGGCCGCGAAGCUCCCCUUCCGGACCAACAAAGACUGCCGUAAGAGAUGGCUCAACCACGUGUGCGGCAGCCUGAAGAAGGGGCCAUGGGGGGCCGAUGAGGACAUGGCCUUGCGUGAAGCUGUCGGACGACACGGUCGAAAGUGGACGCUGGUUUCCAGGGACGUUGGAUCGCGAUCUGCUGACCAAUGUGCCAAGCGGUGGCAGCAUAACCUAGAUCCCCGAUUGGAUCAUCAGCAGUGGACUCCUAAAGAGGAUGAGCUUCUUAUAGAGUCGGUCGAUCGCUACGGUCGUGAAUGGAGGAAGAUCCAAGAGAAACACUACAGCACCCGGUCAGCGAAUGACUUGAAGAAUCGGUUCAGCAUUCUCUCCAAAAGGAUUACAAGCAGAGCCUCUUCGAGAUCCGGACUCGGCCAUCACUGUUCCUCCUCCCCUGUUGUUGUCAGUGACCCGAGCCAAGAGGGCACGAGUCCGGACACGAAUCCAGGAACUCCAUUCUGCCUGGACCCGAAUCUCUUACCUGAAGAGGGCUGGGAGGGCGUCUAUAACCCUGAGGAUCCGCAGGCCGAUGUGAGGGAGAGUAUGCGGCCAACUACCAACAUGCAACAACAAAGGGAACAGCAGAUGCGACCCCAGAAGCAGGCUGUAGCGCUGCCCCCACUCAACCAUGACGACCAGUCGAUGGCUAUUGAUGAUGUGGAACAGUCCCCCGCCCCUUCGGCCUUUUCUUGGAACAUAGGCACAACAUCAUCCACGACAACAGGGUCAGAUCCAUUUACCCACGGGGACUUCCUAAGCUCCAUGCUUUCCAACGGCCUCGCUGCUAUGUCGUCUGACCCUUAUCAUCACAUCCAGACUGAUGCUGGUGAUCGCAACGGACUUGGCAGCAGUAGCAGCCACGUGGGAGGCCCGGUACCCGGUUCUGACACUAUUGAUUUAGUUCCGGAUGGCAUGAAAAACGACCAAUUGCUUUCGCUACUGACUCACAGAGCGAGUAGAUUGCGGAACUGCAAUCCGGGUGGCAGCAUCUGUAUUCAGGCCUCGGGAUGCGACAGAGAGGUUCUGAAUUAUGUGCUUGACGUGUUGCUACCUAUUCGACAUUUAGUAAAGAUGGAGAUCAACAUGUGA